AUGACCAUCCAAGAAGGCACAGGAGUUGCUGCAAAAAAGAAACUCAAGGUUGGUAAAAAAGUAGCUCCUGCAGACAAUCAAACCGAUGUGACAUUCAAGACCCAAAAGAUUUCAUUGCGACCCCAAAAGAUCGCCAUGGAUCAUGAAGAGGCUGCAACUGCUGCUGGAAAGCAACAGAGAUUCAAGGAUCUGUUGGCACAAUGUCGGCACUACAAUACUCAAAGCAGAAAGGAGGCUUUGGCUCAAAUUCAAGAUUUAAUGGCUGUAGCGGAUCAAGAAAUGAUUUCAUUGAAUCUUGGUACAAUUGCAAACGACAUUAUUGCAUUGAUUUUAGACGAGACCAAUUCUGUGCGUGCUGCUCUGAUUGCAUUCGUCACUAGCUUUUUUGGACGUGUUGAUGAGAUUUCCAUCAUGCCUUUUGAUGCAGUCAUUGUCGCAUAUACCACGUCCGCCAUGAGUCAUAUUUCUGAUAGCAUUCGUGUGGAUGGACUUUGUCUGCUUAAACUCUUGAUUCUUCAAUUUCCAAAAAUCAUUUCCAAAAACUCGCAUUCUAUUCUGCCUCAUUUUCUGGAUCUGCUUUCAUCCCACACUAGAAACCAAGACAGUAGAGGUGCUACAUUUGGCAUAAAUAGCGAGUUGAUUACAUUCAAGGGUAGAGAGCGGCUUUUGGAUAGUUUUUAUGGAUUUCUUUGUCUUGUGAUUUUACCAACCAAAUCAAACCUACGAGAUCAGAAAGUUCCAGGUGGAACCCAUGGUGAAAUUGAAUGGAACAAGAUUGAAAAUCGGAAUCAAAAAGUACCUCAUCUAGACUCUCUUUUUACUGAAACAGUAGUAUUCAAGUCCAAUGAUAGGUUGACUGUAUCAGGUGUAUCUGCUACCAAAACAAUCAAAUUUAGAUCACAUUCGCUUGUUACGGAAGCUAAUGUUCAGCUCCAGCCAAAUUCGUUGUCAAAAUGCAGAAUUGCUUUCAGCAAGCAUGUUUCUCCAUUUUUUCCAUUUGGAGAAGCAUGCUCGCUAUUGGAUGACAAACUCUACAAAACACUCAUGCAGAUGAAUUUGGGAUAUUGCAGGAUUAUUUUACAAAUGUUGGGCCAAGAAAAUGAUGAUACUCAGAUGAUGGCUGGAAUGAAACAAAGUGUAUCUCAAUACGUCGUGCACACUUUGCAAAGCAGUCAGUCUUUGACCGCGUACGCCUCGAAUCUGGAUAUGGAGGUGCUGGAUAAGAUUGUGUUUGAACUGUAUACUAAAUUCCAUGAUUUGAAUACUUUACAGGCAAUGAUUGGGUUCCAAAACACUACAAAAUCCAUGCAGUUAGCGUACAAUGCAUUUUCUAUUCUUGCUCGACUUGAUAAUGCUCUUGGAUCCGAAGACUAUAAUAAGUGGGCAUGCGGUUUACCUUUUCAGCUCUAUCAGCUUAAAAUAUGGAAUUUUGAGUUUUCCAAAGCAAUAUGCGACUUUUUGACGUUGAUUGUCAAGUCUGGUAGUGCGGAACUUGGACAUACCAUUAUGGCUAAAAUUGUACCAUUUUUCUAUGGGUCUGCAAAGAAAUCCAAACCACCUCAGUUUGGACCUUUUAAAGAUUUACCUGAAACUGUUCAAACGGCGGCAGUAGCACUGCUGUACUACCUUCCCAAAUGGAACGAGGAAAUGAUUCAAGCAAUUGUAGAGUGCUUUACACUAUGGACGCCAGCUACUUUGGUUGUGAUUUCGCUGCUAGACGUGGCUAAUACAAGACAAAAAACAUUAGAAUUGGCACUGUCACAUUCUGUGUAUGCUAGUUUGCUCAUGACGCUUGGUGUAGGCUAUACAAAAUCUAGUUUAAAGCCAAUUCAUACCGAUUCUCUUGGUACGACAAAAUCAUAUAUUGUAACUGUUGAAAGCUUUUGCAAUACAUCGGAACGUCAUACACAGAUGAAUAAAGAUCAACUAUUGUCCACCUUAUGGAAACGUCGACAAGAUAUUGUUCGUGCCAUUUCCACUUUGGUUGAUUCUAAACCAUUUUUCACAAGACUGACUGACAUGUUGACCACAACGUUGCCUGUCGAUGGGUAUUUGGGUGUAUUUUCUCUACUGUCUUGCAUUACCGAGCCAUCUUUGACCAAGAUUGUCAUGGAUUUCAAGCUACAUUCUCUACUGUCUGUUCGAUUAACCGAGUUUGAACAGUACAUUGUUUCAAGAACAACAACACAGCGAGUCAAUACUAAUUCAAAAUGGAUUGACUUUGAUUUAGCCUACGGAUGA